UCACAUGGCUCUAUCUAAGAUUGUAGAUCUAAAGCGUCUGGUCGGUGUCUGGCCAACUAUGAUUACUCCACUUCACAACAACAGUGCAAAGUCAAUCGACUACACUACUCUCGCAGUACUCAUCGAGUGGUAUAUUAGUUCUGGAGUAGCAGGCCUAUUUACCGUGUGCCAGUCCAGUGAAAUGUACAACUUGUCUCCUGAAGAGAGGCUUGAAUUGGCUAGAUUUGUCAAGCAGAAAGCUGGUGAUCGAGUUCUGGUUGCUGGCUGCGGUACUUUUGCUGGUACAAUAGAAGAAAAGGCUAAAUUUAUCAAACUGAUGAGUAAAGAAGUAGACAUUGUAGUCAUCAUCGUCAAUCAAAUGGCAGAGAAACAUGAAAGUGAGGAAAUCUUGAAAUCAAACCUAGAGAAACUACUAGAACUAACAGAUGACAUUCAAUUGGGUCUAUACGAAUGUCCUGUUCCCUAUCACCGAUGUUUAUCUCCUCAGAUGAUGGAAUGGGCUGCUUUCACUGGUCGGUUUGUUUUCCAUAAAGACACCGUGUGCUCUGUUGCUCCAAUCCAAGCAAAACUGCUGGCUCUACAAAGUGUCACUGACAACAAAUUGGGUUUCUUUAAUGCGAAUGCUGCUACAUUGAAACUUUCUCUGGAGCAUGGUGGUGCAGGCUACAGUGGUAUUGCAGCAAAUUUUUAUCCAUGGAUGCAUGCGUGGUUGUGUGGACAUUGGAGAGACCAGUCACAGAUGGCAGAGAAAGUACAGAGAUUUUUGGGGUUAGCAGAGACAACUUUAUCUCAUAAGUAUCCAGGAUCUGCCAAAGUCUACCUUCACCGUUUGUGUGGCGUUCAAAUUGAAGAGACAUGCAGGGUUGCAGACUAUACAUUCAGUGACCAUGAAAUUGCUUGUUUGCAACAUGUGAAGGGUUUAAUGGAAGAUGUGUGUAAAGAGACAGGAAUCGCUUUUUUCGGUUUCUGAUUUGUAAAUGAGCAAUGCCUGGUGCAUAUAGACGUGAUGCAUUGUAACUAAGAAUGAUGUAUUCUAUUGAUGAAAUAAGUUUUUGAGGGAAGAGGUGUGACAUGUGUAAUAGAAGUUGUUAUGAAAUUCAGUGCAGAUGGAGG